AUGGGCAACAUUCAACAUCAACUCAACCAACAUCAUCAUCAUCAUGGAUGGUUCAAGCAAAGCCACAACAACAACAACCGAAGGCUUCGCCAUUCUCCUCCUCAUCAUGAUGGCACCGCUUCAGAAGUUGCAUCCACCAACGCAAGCACCAAUCUGACUUCCUCUCUCGCCUGUUGGACUCAAUCUGCUCCAGAAUUCACUCCACACAAACAACACUUUCCUCAUCUCCUUCUCUCUGUUGAUUCUUCCACCUCCAACAACAAUAAUAACCAACAACAACUCACGCUCGAUGAGUUUUUGGAGCUAGAAGAUUGUGAUCCAAACAUGAACAAUGAACACCAUCAUGAACAACCAAUCAAUACUACUACUACUACUUCCAUGACAUCGUAUUCCAACAACGAGCAUCAUCCUGAUCAUUUGAUCCAACAACAACAACAAACGCUUGAGAUGACCAAAAAGAAGAAAAAGACGCGAAGAUUUUUGUUGUGGACCAGAAAACGAAGAGGAGAAAAGGCGUCUCAUGAUGAUGAAGAACAAGAUCUUACCUCACAUGUACGACAACACUCUCAUCAAGACAAUACAAGCAUCAACACUUCGAAUAGCACGUCCGCCAUCAUGAUAGACAACCGUAAUCGUCACAACAACCACACCAUGAACUCAUUGUCGUCGUCUAUUGGUGGAGCCACUGUAUUGACCAAUACAAAUACAGCAACAAGUGUAGCUGGAUAUACAACCACCAAUUCAAACACAACCACCAAUUCCUUGUCAUCGCCACAAAUCACAACAACAAGUAUUGCUGGUGUGGAAGCCAAUGAGCUAAUGAUGCUUUUGAAAGAUGAAAUUGGUUGGAAUCUCUUUUAUGAAUAUUGCGAUAAGGAAUUCUCAGCAGAAAAUUGUGAAUGUUUAGUCGAGAUUCAAAAAUUACAAAGCAAAAUUGCAAGAAUGAAUGGAAAACAACGUCGUCAAUCGUGUCGUGAUUUACAUAAGAAAUACUUCUCUGGAGAGAGUAUACAACAAGUGAAUAUUUCUGGACGAGCAAGGCAAAUGACAAAAUCAGUGGCCAAUUCAAAAGUCAUUAAUCUAGAGACUGCUAAUGAAUUAUUGAUCCAACUGAGAAGAGAAGUCGUGACAAAUCUGAGAGAUACAUUUUCAAGGUUUGUGCUCACAGAUGAGUACAUGAUGUGGAAAGAAAUGAUGUUGAAUCCAGAGUCCAUCUUCAAUGAGUAG